GUACCUAUAGUACCUUGGGCUAGAGCAUCAUGACUACGGAUAAUUGUUUUCCUACUGCACACCCCAUUGAGUCCCAGAUCUGCUCCUAGCUCUGUAGCUGCGGAUGGAAGUACCUUUUCCCCCAGAGGUACAAGCAAGACUGUUUGAGGUUGGCGCUAUUCCGUACUGUCAUCGAUUCUCACUAGAGCUGGCCGCUGUGAGGAGAUCAGACAGACCUACGGUAAGGCGCGGCAGGUACCGUAGCAAUACGUACAGAAGCUACCUACAGGGAAGAUGGAGAGAUGGACGGGACCUGCCCUGGGCCUAAGCUCCCUAAUCCCUAACUCGUCCAGCCCACGGGCUAUCCACUGGUGACGCCACUACAAACAACCCGAGCUAAGCUAACCUCACCUCACACUCCGUUUCCCUCACACACACACACACACACACACACACUAACUAAGACUAUUCCUCCCACGCACACACGCACGCACGCAACCCAUGCAACAAACGCAUAGGACGAUACUGCCACUCAAUCGCACUCACCGUUCGCCGCAUCCCGAAAACCAUAGUCCAACGAGCAUGUUCCAAAAUGCGGAUCCCCGUGCAGCCGAAGUGGCCUCUCCCUUUGGCCCUUGUUCGUUGAUUCACCUGGUCCCCUAGGCUUAAGCCUGGCCAGGAUCUAGUCGAGUCCAGAAUAGAGACUCUCUUGUCUUGUCUGAUCUGUUCUGAUCUCGCUCGUCUCUGAUCCCACACCCUUCAACAUCAUGAAUCUCACCCCCUCUCCCCCGCGACCGCCAAGAUGAGGCUUGAGUUUCUACACCCAGACGCCUAUCCUUGCCCCGUUGGCCCAUCAUACCAUUGUACGCUUUAGGCCCGAGUACUAUCCAUACGUACCAUACCAGAGCAGAGCAGAGCAGACCAUACCACAUAGAUCAGUCCCUUCACCCUGGAUCGCCCAUCCAACAUCUAUAUAAACUCUGCUCCCGUCGGUCUCAAGUCGUUUCUUCUUCUCCAUCCUCAUCCAGAUCAUCAAUCAACUCUUCAACUCUCUCAACAACUCUUCAGUCUUCACGACAACCUUUCGAUACCCUUCCAACCAAACAAUCAACCACUCCAACAAUCAAAAUGGCCGCUCCCCAGAUUCCCGAGAAGCAGUGGGCUCAAGUUUUCGAGAAGACCGCCGGUCCCAUUGAGUACAAGCAGAUUCCCGUCCAGAAGCCCGGCCCCGAUGAGGUCCUCGUCAACGUCAAGUUCUCUGGUGUCUGCCACACUGAUCUCCACGCCUGGCAGGGUGACUGGCCCCUCGACACCAAGCUGCCUCUUGUCGGUGGCCACGAGGGUGCCGGUGUUGUCGUUGCCCGCGGCGAGCUUGUCAAGGAUGUCAAGAUUGGCGAGAAGGUCGGUAUCAAGUGGCUCAACGGCUCUUGCCUGAGCUGCUCUUACUGCCAGAACGCCGACGAGUCUCUCUGCGCUGAGGCUCUCCUCUCUGGUUACACCGUCGACGGAUCUUUCCAGCAGUACGCCAUUGCUAAGGCUAUCCACGUUGCUCGCAUUCCUGAGGAGUGUGACCUCGAGUCCAUCUCCCCCAUUCUCUGUGCCGGUAUCACCGUCUACAAGGGUCUCAAGGAGUCUGGUGUCAAGGCCGGUCAAUCCAUUGCCAUCGUCGGUGCUGGUGGUGGUCUCGGUUCCAUCGCUGUCCAGUACUGCAAGGCCAUGGGUAUCCACGCCAUUGCCAUCGAUGGUGGUGAGGAGAAGGGAAAGCUCACCAAGGAGCUCGGAGCUACUGCCUACGUCGACUUCACCACAACCAAGAACCUUAUCGCCGAUGUCAAGGCUACCACCUCCGACGGUCUCGGACCUCACGCUGCUCUCCUCGUCGCUACCAACGAGAAGCCCUUCCAACAGGCUACCCAGUACAUCCGCUCUCGCGGCACUGUCGUCUGCAUUGGUCUCCCCGCCAAUGCUCAGUUCUCUGCUCCCGUCUUCGACACAGUUGUUCGCAUGAUCUCCAUCAAGGGAUCUUACGUCGGCAACCGUGCUGAUACCGCUGAGGCCAUUGACUUCUUCCGCCGCGGUCUCAUCAAGGUCCCCUUCAAGACUGUCGGUCUCUCUGAGCUCAACGAGGUCUACAAGCUCAUGAAGGCUGGACAAAUUGUCGGUCGCUACGUCGUCGACACCAGCCGAUAAGCGCGCGGCUGUCGCUUGGGCAGUGCGCCAAAAAGCAAAAGCACGCCCCCAAAAAGAUAAACAGGGCUACCCAUCGCGCAAAGGGGUUUACCCUCUAAAGAGGAGUUCAGGCGGGAGUUGAUUUGGGUUUUCAGGCGGGUGUUGUCGAAGUAGCCAGAUGGAUGAUCUUGGUUACACUUUGUGUAUAGCCCUAGUUUAUGAGUUUUAUGAUUUCCCUUAGCAUCAAAUAACAGAACGAACGUUUCGAUCAACCAUGGUUUCCGAGUGACACCUCCUACUCUGCACAUUAAUAUGAAUAAUACAACACUUUUCGGUAAACUCUUCGAAAGACGAGGAGCAGCCAUUUUCUCCGUGCUACCCUGCAUCGCUAUCUGUUUGCUAUUUGAGUUCGACUUAAGCCCCAUUGUACAGUCUAUAAGGGGAUGAAUGUUCUUCGAUAUAAUAAAAUCCUCCAUUUUCUACCAUGAUACUCUAAUUUAGAAUACAAAUUUUAGUAAGUCCCUUCGAAAAGCAUGCUGGAUAAUCCUGUAAAGUUCUCAUGACCGAAUCUCACUCGGUCUCCUUGUAUCACAACAGAUGGACUUACAUGGACAGCUGAUUUCGCACAUGCUAGACCAGCUUGCAGAUUAACUACCAUAUUGAUAAUAACACACAAUUUUACGGAGCUAUUCCCACAGAGAGACGGGAUAAUAUCAUUCAUGUAUGACGGGGUUGAUUUACCCCUCCAUCCACUACGAAUCCGAUGCAACCCUCACUGCAAGAACCCCUGCCAGCCACCAAGCCACUUCUAGAACAUCAUCAACCGUCCAGAAACAAAAAAAAUCAGGCCACUGCUGAUGAAGUGCAUCCAGAGCGUCUAAGCGUAUCUUUUACGAACCUCUCGUUUUCUGGGCUGCAGAGGUUCUCUUCUUGUCUGGAACGUCAAUGACAAGGGAUAAUUGAAUUUGUGAUAUAUGAUAUGAGAGACUGGUAACGGAGAACGCCUAUAUUUGACUUCCCGACGUGCCGAAGUUCAACGCAUCAUGCAUUCAUCGAUUACCUAGGUAGACUCCAACGUUGCUACGUAGUAGAGCGGGGAAACGAGACAUCUUUUUAGAAUCUGAAUUUUAAAACGACUAAUGUAACUCUUCAACACGUGCUACCGUCUCGUCUCGUCUCUUCUCUUCUCGUCUUGCCAUAUCUUGUCUCCCACUUGUAGUUGCAUCGCUUUAGGCAUAAUUGUCAAUUGAGAUUUUUGCGCCGUGAGCGCCUCUUCAUUGCACUCUACAGUAGACGCCCACUAUUCUCUUCUGCGUACUCCAAGAAUAUCUCUUUCUAGGAAGCUUGCUGCUGAUCUGGGAGUCAAUUGAAAAGUGAUUCUUGAUCGUCUAUAUCGUAAAUCAAGAGCCACCAGGUCCACCAAGCAGAGCGAAUCUUCGCACAAUGCUAGGUCCAUAUUCUUGGUACUGUGAUGUUGUUAGUCAUGGUCAUUAUGCAGUAUACAGCUUGUCUUACCUCGGCCUUGGUAUGGCAGUAUGAUCGGAACUCCGGGGUUUGACCAAGGAGACUGCCUCCAAACCAAGGACCGUGUCGCUGUCGCUUAUGAGUGAUAACGGACACGUCCAGACCACCGCUACGAGCACCACCGCUGCGGACCUCGCUGGCUCGAAUUCUGGCAUCUACCAGCUGCUUGAUGUCUCGCUGUAAUCGGCGGCCGAAAUCCUUGUACAAUGUGCUUCCACCAGAAAGAACAAUGUUCUUGUAAAGACCUCGUCGGACGUCGAUAGGCGAUUGCUGAAUGACACCGUCGACAACCACGGGCAGAGGAGUCAAGAAGUCGGAGCUGUAAAUCUCGGGGUUGAAGAAGAUCUCGGGGGCGAGGAAGCGCUCGUAACCGACAUCGACGGAAACCUGUCGGCCAUUGGGGUGUGACACGACAUGCUGAGCGAAUCGAGUGCGAUCCCUGUCGUACUUGCUGAAUUCCUUGACGAUAUCGGGACACACGUAGCAAUACUCCUCCUUAAUUUCCUGAGCAGUCUUGAGCGAAGAAUCGGGCUCGCCUCGGUCUCGCAGAAGGGACUGAACGAAGUAGGUAAUAUCUCGACCGGCAAUGGGAAUAGACUUGAUAGAAGAUCCAAUGACAUAACCCUCAGCAACGGGGAUGACGUGGGUGACACCAUCACCAGAAUCAAUGACCGUGCCAGUCAACGAACGAUCCUGGACCUUUGAAGACGUCCAAGAAGCAGCCAGAGCAAGAACGGCUUGGACGGCAAUGUACAUUCCAGCGCAGUUGAAGGACUCGAAGAAGAUCUCGGCGGUAUUCUCACGGUUCUCGGGCGGGUUCAGGGGCUAUGUGUAUUAGUUUGAUGUUUGACGUCGUAUAGGGCGCAAUAUGCUCACGGGCUCGGUAAGGAGGAAGUAAUGGUCUUCAGGCUCGACUCGCAGAUACUUGAAGAUGGAGUUGGACCAGAAUCGUUCCAUGUGGUCCUAAAGGCGGUCAAUUCUAGGUCAUGUCGGAUUCGUCGGCAAGCAUACCCAAUUCUCUAUUUGGCCGUGUCGGAUCGGAUAAUGAAGACCAUAUCCUAGGCUUGUCAGCUGAAUUCAAUGAAUUGGAGCUCAUAUGGCUGCCUACCGGGACCGCCAGAAGCUGCUAUCGCCUCAUCGCCAAUAAAGAAGUCGAGAUCCUCGGUACCUCGCUUUCCGCUCAGAUGGCCUCCAGCUCCAGCACCUCCCGUAAGAAAAGACGGCUUGUUCGCAACAGCCGGUCGUCCAGAACCAGAGCCACCAGCUCCGCCAGUUGGCCCCUUCGUCGCAAUCGCGGUCGGGAAGACGAAUGAGGGAGAAUCGUUACCGGCGAAACCUAGAUUGGAGCAUCAGCAUGAAGCUCAGGAGUACAUAAUAGCCUCAUGAGCGUAUUUCGUCGUUACAGACCUAGCUUGGAGAAACCCGUGCCGCUGUGAGCUGAGGUUAGCUGUCGUCGCCAGUGCGGGGGCUAGGAUAAGUGAGACGUACUUGUCCAUGACAACGGCGGGAGUUUGGUUAGCCAUGAUGGGCGAGAGUGCGUGGUGAAGCGCACAGCUGCAAGAGAGAAGAUGGACAGGAGGUGGACGCAAAUGCCGCGUGUGAGGAAAUGCAAUGUGCGGCGAUGAUGGUGGUCGUUGGGCGAGGAUUACGUUACGUGCCUUGUAAAGCUCCCAGCUCGGAUGGAGGUGAGGCUUGAACUGCGGCUGUGCUGUGCCCCGCCGUUGAGUGGGACGUGACACUGAAUGGCUGGAGAUGUGGGCCUGGCUGCGAUAACCGGGGUGAAGGUCUGAGUGACAAAAUUAUAGACACAAUUGGCAAACUUAACAAAAAGGUUUAUAUGUUGGAAGUUUGGCAAACCACUUGUAUUUAGUAUCUAACAAUGCAAUGUCUGGCUGUCGGUUUCCACAAGCAACUUGGAAUUUGGUUAUCUUCCAGAGUGCUUAAUUUGUCUUGCUCUCUGUCUCAACUUGAGGAUCCGAUGUCUCAAGUCAGUUGUAAUUAUAGCUCAUGUGCGGCGUCGUUUCUAGGCCCUCUUUAACGAACGAGAGGCAACAGGCAACUAACUGUAUUUCUUCAAUGUUUCUACCUUAUCGAACGC